ACUGCAGCACGUGCAGCGUGCUGUAGGUGGAGUUUUGAGUGUUUUUAAAGUCAGUGUAAAGUGAUACUUGAGAACAGGAGGGAAGGUGGAGCAGCGCAGAGGGGCGACUUCCUAAAAACACAUUCCCCUUGCCUUAGCUUGAAGCUGUCGUGCGCCGCUUGAAACUAUGUAACUUUAGAGUUGUCACUGACCGUAGAGCUGCUGUCGGACUUAACUCACUCUCCUUGGAGAGCUGAAUCCACUCCGUGUCCCGCCGAACUGCUACUUUCACUUUCACAGCGCAGGAGCGGCCCCGCAGAAGAACUCGGGAGAUGUCCCAGAUGGAAACGCACGUUCUGGUGGCCGGUAACGUGAACGGAGCCUUCGAUGAUUAUGGCUCCUUGUCGGGCAAAGAGCACGGGGGGGCCCCGGGGAGCAGCAGACGGAGGUCGCACACCGUCGCCGGGCAGUUGUGCGCUGUCGAGAGUGACACAGAUGCUGAGGAGCUCUACAUCCAGCAAGCUGUUGUACUGAUCGAGGACGCCAUACAGUACCGCUCCAUCAACCACCGGGUGGAUGCCCGCUCACUCUGCCUGUAUCGAUGGUACUACUCCAGGAUAUGCCAGUGGGGCUUGGGCCUAGCCAUCGGCGUGGUGUUGCUGCUGGCGUUCGUCGAACGCCCGUCCUCCCUGUCCAUCUCCUCGGACCCCCGAUAUCGCCUUCCGCCUUGGGAGCCUCCCUGUGGCUUCACCGAAAGCAUCGAGAUGUUCUGCCUCGUCAUCUUCUCUCUUGAUCUUGCCGUUAAGGGCUACUUGAUUGGCUGGGAGGAAUUCAGAAAAAGCAAAUGGCUGAUCGGCUACACAUUUGUCAUUUCAUUCUCCGUCAUUGACUGGGUGUUGUCUGUCAGCAUGGCGUGUGAUGAGAAAUUUCGAGUACGGCGACUCCUCCGGCCAUUCUUCCUCCUGCAGAACUCCUCCAUGAUGAAAAAGACACUGAAGUGCAUCAAGAGGACUCUGCCAGAGAUUGCCAGUGUCAUCCUGCUGCUGGCGCUCCACCUGUGUCACCCUCCCUUGCCCCAGUACAACUCUCCGGUCCUGCAGAGACUCCAGGUGGUCUUCAGUCACUACUUUCUUACUAUACUUGGCAAUGCGGUGGCACUGGCCAAUGUCAUGUGCAUAUGUACCGUCCUGGUGCUGAAUGCUGAAAAGUCCACGGCAGAGAGAGACAACUACAUCCUCGAGAUCAUCAACCUGUGCUUCAUCCUUUACUACCUGUUUGAAGUGUGCGUAAAGAUCUUCGCCUUCGGAUGGAAGGGGUACCUGUCCUACAGGAACAACAUCUUUGACUGCGUCCUCACCAUCCUGCUCUUGGUCCUACAGAUUACUAUAUUUGUCACCUACAGGCUUCCUUAUUCUCAGUGGGACCCUUCCUCUCAGGGUAUAAUGUCUCUGUGGGAGAUGGUUCGUUUGAUCAACAUGCUGAUUGUGUUCCGCAUCCUGCGCAUCAUCCCAGAUAUCAAGCUCAUGGCUUUGGUCGCAAGUACAGUGUUGGACCUGAUGAAAAACCUCAGAGCCUUUGCAGGGAUACUGAUCGUGGUGUACUAUGUGUUUGCCGUGGUUGGGAUCUGGCUGUUUGAGGGAGCCAUUGAACCUCCUUCAGAGAUGAGUGUGCUCACCAAUACCUCCAUGGGUAACAUCACCUCUAACUUCAGCAUGACGUGUGGCACCUAUGAGCAGCUGGAAUACUGGCCAAACAACUUCAAUGACUUCGCUGCAGCCAUCAUGUUGCUGUACAAUGUCAUGAUAGUCAACAACUGGCAGGCCUUCCUGGAAGCAUACAGCAGACACACCACAGAGUGGUCGAAGAUCUACUUCGUGUGUUGGUGGCUCAUCUCCUCUGUCAUGUGGGUCAACUUGUUUGUGGCGGUCAUUUUAGAGACUGUAGAGGGCACCAGUGCGCCUCGCGGCGGAGAGUCUGCCGUUUAG